AUGUGGAUGUUCAAUGUUCUCUUAAAUAAAGAGACGAUGGAUGUGGGCAAUGCGGGGCUCCCUGCUACUUUGCUAUUGUUGUUAUUUCGCACUCGUGUGACUGUAAGUGCAUGUUCAGACGGAGAAUUUAUGAGGGUAGUAUCGGGAAAUACGGAUGAAGACUUCUUGUCUGCCUUUGUUACCGACAGACCAAUAGACGAAACGGCCAACUCAAACAUCCAAAAUAUACCUGUUACAACACAAAACGUGGUGGCUGACACUCAAGCUCCAUCUUCUUCCCAUCCUUUCAUAGAAAAUGCCACAGUAGGAUUCGAAAACUCCAUUUAUACUAACCCAGCUUCUCCUGAGAUUGUUCUGCCUUAUCCAAAAGCUACAGCAAGAACAAACAAAAUAACAUGAAAAACUCACAAAUCAGCUGUAGUAACUGGCACACCGACUGAAAAAGAGCUUUGGCACAGGAAUAUAGCAAAAAAAAAAAGGAAAGUAAAUUUAAGGAAGGGUAAUUAAUGAAGGGAGGAACGGCAAAGUCAAGCACAAGAAAGAAUAAUGAACAAGAAAAUACCAGUAGGAAAAGUCAAACAAACAAAGAGGAAGUUAUUAUGUAUAUGACACUGACGAAGGCGAAGAAAGUGGAGAUGAUGGUAUUUUUGUCUGAAAUGUUAUAACUUUUUUGACCCGAAGAAAGGGUACAGUAUGUACUUUUUAUGAGUUGGUCACAUGUGAAAUGCGUAAAGGGAAAUAGUGCUCAAUACGUUUGUUUGAAUUUUGAAGGUGAUUGUUCAGCCUACAGUGACUGAGGUGCUUUGUUUUCCUUUUCUGAUUUUUUUUUUAAGAGC